GCACUUUCGCCAUAAACGCCAUGCUGCACCGUUCGUCGCGCAUUGCAAUGCGCCAUGCUCAAGCCGCCAAGCUUCGCGGACCCUUCGUGGCCGUGGCCAACUCCAUGGACAUCACUUUGUCGGGUGCUCCUUCUGCGCGAUCCAUCCACGUGCCAUCGUUCUUGUCCUCGCCGUUGGUGCGAUCGACGAUGGCACAAAAGACCACUUAUCGACGGCCGGCCAUGUUUGCAGUGCCGGUGCGCAACAUGUUCAUUCAGACGGAGACCACACCCAAUCCUCAGAGUCUCAAGUUCCUCCCAGGGCGCCCAGUUUUGGACGAACGCUUCUCGACCGGUGUAGAUUUCACACCCAAAGGUCCCGAACUCCGACGGUCGAUGCUGGCCAAGGACUUGUUUACGAUCGACGGUGUCGUUCGCGUGUUCUUUGGCAAGGACUUUAUCUCUGUGACGAAGAAGGACGACGACAUCGACUGGGAUGUGCUCCGCGGUCAAAUCUUUGGAACGAUCAUGGACUUUUAUGCGUCGGGCAAGCCCAUCAUGACAGACGAAGAAGUUAUUACGGACACGACGAUUCUCGACACCGACGACGAAGUGGUGGCCAUGAUCAAGGAACUCCUGGAGACGCGCAUCCGUCCAGCCGUUCAAGAUGACGGUGGCGACAUCUAUUUUCGUGGGUUCGACGAGGACCGCGGGAUCGUCAAGCUUCAGUUGGCCGGGUCAUGCGCGGGUUGUCCAAGCUCGUCCGUCACCCUCAAGAACGGCGUCGAGAACAUGCUGAUGCACUACAUCCCUGAGGUCCGCGGCAUCGAAGAGGUUGUUGACGACCAAGACGUGAAAGCUGUCAACGAGGCCGAGUUCCAGACGCUCGAAGCCAAGCUGCGCGCGGCCGGCAUCCCGUCCAUCUAGCUGGGCCUUUUUCCGUGCAUUCGCAAAGUUGAAGCAAUCGAGUUUUGUGUCAUUGCGAUGCUUUCUACCGGCGUCCCCUUUGCCCAUCUGCACUGCGAACGCGCCUGCACGACAUAUAUGCUAGUGGCACUGCGUCCUUGCUGCGUUACGAUACAUCGCGAGUGGCUUUUGCAUGUCGUCAUCGCUCUUAAGCGUAUGCCUCCGCCAUCGCUCUCUGUGGCACACGAAGCGGCUUCAUGAACGACGAAUGAUGCGUAGAUG